AUGGAGUUUUGGGGUGUGGAAGUUAAGGCUGGUGAGUCCGUUAAGGUCUUUGAUGAAAAGUUUUCAGUCAUACAUAUUUCUCAGGCGGCUCUAGGCGGCGAUCUAAAUGGAGAAGACAAGGGUUUAUUAAUCCCUCUUCGUGUAAAGAUAGAAGGAAACACGUUCAUUAUGGGAUCACUAUCCGUCGAAAACUUUCCUCAAGUUUUCUUUGACCUAGUUUUCGAUAAAGAGUUUGAAUUGUCUCACGAUUCCAAGCAUGCCAGUGUCCACUUUAUUGGAUAUAAGGCUAUGGUAGAUGAUGAUGAUUUUUCAUCAUCUGAUGAUUCUGAUCAGGAUGAUUUGAUCGCAGCAAAAACAACAACAAAAGAUGAUGUUCAUACUAUUGAGAAAUUAAUGGGUACCGUAAAUGGGGACAAAUCUACUCUGCCCAAAGUAACGGAGCCAGAGAAGAAGAAGAAAGAGGGUGAUAAGGCCAUAGACGAGGAAGAAGAGUCGGAUGAUGAUUCUGAGGACGAGUCAGACUCGUCAGAAGAUGAGGAGGAGGAGACGACACCUAUAAAAUCUACUCAUAAGAUGAUCAAUGAGGGUGAUGAUCAUGAUAGCUCUGAUGAUGAUGAUGAUGAAUCUUCAGAUGAUGAUGAUGAUGAUGAUAUCGAAGAUUCAGAAGAAGAAGAUGAUGAUGAGGAUAUAAAGACGAGAGCUAAAGAAGAGGAGGAGGAAAUGAUGAUGAUGAUGAAGGGUACUGGUGGUAAUAAGAAGAAGAAGAAGAGAAGUGCCGAAUCUGUUUCAUCGAUUCUAUUCUCCUCUAAAAAGGCAAAAUCUCAAACUGAUCAAAUAGGUAGAAAGAAGGGCGGCGGCGGCAGAGGCGGCAGAGGCGGCGGCGGCCGUGAUCGUGGAAAGAAAUCUGAUGUUGGGAAGACUCCUUCUUCUUCUUCUCUCAACAAAUCAAGGUUUUAA